AUGGAAACUGUCCAGGAGCUGAUUCCUCUGGCCAAGGAGCUGAUGGCGCAGAAGCCCAGACGGAGUCUAGUGAGGCUGUAUGUGCUGGGCGGCGUGCUGGCUCUCUUCGGCGCCGUGCUCGGCCUGAUGGAGACCUUGUGCAGCCCCUUCACGGCCGCCGAGCGGGAGCGGGAGCGGGAGGCAGCGGUGGCCGAGCUGCAGGACGCCCGGGAGCGAAAGGCCCUCCGGGCGCGGGCCCUGCUGGAGAAAAGCAAGCAGCUGGAGGCUGUCCAGGGCUGCCGGGCCCCGACCAACCGGCUGUACGCCUCGUAGGAACCUUGGGGGCCGGCGGAGGGAGGGGGAGAGAGACACACAGGGAGAGGAGAGUGAGGCAGAGCGCGAGGGUCGGGCUCGAGUGGGCGUCUCGUGCUGUUUGGACUGACGAGAAGCUACUGAUUUUAGAACUGAACUACCACGUGGAUCCACCAAAAGGCGUUUGGGAUUGAGUUUUGCUGCUGUGCAGCACUGCAGAAAGAUGACAUGUCCAAAACCUUCCAGCUAUCUGACUGCAUCCAGCAUUUUGCACUAGGGUGAACGGAGGAGAAAUGCUUUUUAUAUUAUUAUUGUUGUUAUUGUUAUUAUUAUUACAGUGACCACCAUUUUGCAUUUUGAAAUAAAAAACGUUUUGUAAUUAUA